CUUGCGUAAGCGAUAAGACGAUAUUAGACGCAGCCUUGUUUUAAAUACUAGAAAUGAAGUUACUGACCUAUAAAUAUUUUGUCUAGGACUUAAUGUCUUUUGUAUUUUUGCAUCAUCUUUAUUCUCAGAAUUCAAUGAUAAUGCAGAGUUGAAGACAAUGAUUUUUGUUAUGAUUCACAAUUAUAUUUUGACUUGAGUGACUUUAUCACAUUAUGUAUUAAAUCAUUUGGAUUGGGUUUUUUUUUCUUCAUACUUAUUGCAUAUUAUAUACAUCUUCAAUUAAGAGCGAUAACAUCUUUCAAAAAAGACAGAUUUUCUUUAAGGUUCAUUUUUAUAUAAAGAGUGCCAACAUGCUUCAGGUCUUGUACAGUCUAAAGAAUUUAAUGAAUGCCCAUCGACGCAAUUCAGAAACUUUUGUAUUUUAUCUUCAUUAUCGAGUAACCUUCCUAAUACUGAUAGGAUUCUCGAUCUUAAUUACAACUAAUCAAAUUGUCGGUGAGAAAAUACAUUGUCUUGCUGGUGAAAAUACUAAAAUCAAUUCAGCUUUGCUGGAAUCUUACUGCUGGGUAUCCUCAACGUAUUCUGUCAGCACAGCCUACUUAAAUGAGACGGGAUUUAAAGCUCCAUAUCCAGGAAUCAGUCUAUCCGGGAAAAAAUCCGAAUUAAUCUACAAAAAUUACUACCAAUACAUAUACCUAUGCCUGUUCAUUCAAGCUCUUUUCUUUUACCUGCCACAUCUGGUCUGGAAAAGUGUGGAAUGGAAACGAAUGGACAGAUUAUACCAUCUCAUCAUCAACUAUGAUAAAAAGCAAAAGAAAGAUACGGAAUCACAUUCAUCCACCCCAUUUGAAGAAGCUGCAGCUUACAUUGAAGAAAGAUGGGGAACCCACAGAGAAUACAUCAUCUUGUACGUUGCGUGUGAAGUGCUUUCGUUCAUGAACCUCAUAGUUCAGAUUUAUAUUGUCGAUAUAUUCCUCCAUGGUGAGUUUUUUGGGUUAGGUUUGUUUUACACUUCUCAUCAAAAUUCACAUUGGAUGCAGGAUCCUAUACAUUUAUUCCCAUUAGUUUCAAGCUGCUAUUUCAAAAAAUAUGGUGCUGGUGGUAAUAUCGACAUCAUCGACGCCAUAUGUGUCUUGCCACUGAAUGCGUUGAAUGUUAAAAUGUAUCUUUUCAUAUGGUUCUGGUUCACACUUCUGUUGUUUUUAUCUGUUUUUAAUCUAUCUAAUAUGUUGCUCAAUAUUUGCAUUCCUUAUUAUCGAAUGCUGCCUUUUAGUUUGUCGCGUGUGGUCUUCAAGAACGCUCCGGGGAGGACAGCUUAUACUGAUCUUUUGGAAAAUGGAAAUUUUGGUGACUGGUUUGUAUUAAGUUCUAUUAAGAGCAACAUGGAUCCUAUUGAUUUUAAUCACCUGAGUGAAAAAAUUUUAGAGAAACUUUCUGACAUCACAGUGGAACAGAAGGAAUAAAGGAACUCUUGUGUAAUAUUCGUGAGAUCUAUUUAAAAUUUGUAAGUUGUACAAACUCAUGUGUUUUCUAACAACCAGUAUAAGCAUCUCCAAUUAAUGUACACUUUAUACAAUUUUCCUUCUUAUACUGCACUUUAACCCAAACUCUGAGAUUUCGUAUCUGUACCUUAUUUACUGAGCACACCCCAAAAGAUUUAGUUCAAUUCUUUUACUAACCCUUUCGAUACUAGUAAUACAUUUAUUUUAAAAUAGCAUCGCUUUAAAAUGGAUGUUUUGCAAUGACCACCCUUGAUGUAUGCUUUUAAAAUUUCAUUGUUUUACAUGCCAUCAUUUAUAUAGCUUUUCAGUAUUUUUGUCAAACGUGAAGUAAAAAAGGGGUGCACGUUAUUUGUUUCGAAUUAAUAUUGUAGCUUGGAAAAGCAAACACGCUAUCGAGAUAUUUUAGAUUGCCAACAGGAAACGUAGGCUGAAAAAUAUCAAAACAUGUUUUAUUGCCAGGUAAAAUUUGUAGAUCAUUCUUAUUACUGACUUUUUACUCCACUCUGUUUAUUUCACCAAUCAAACAAGGGUUUUUUUUCAGCCUCGCCUUCCUCAGCGAAAAUUCGUUUGAUUCUGAAACCAUUUUUGUUCUUCCUUGCUUGAAAAUUUCUGACUUUCAUUGUGUACUUUUCGAACUUCAAUUUCGACAAGAGUUCUAAUAACUUAUAUUAUAUUAUGGAAUAAACUGUGUAAAAAAAUAAUUUAAAAGAUAUGAAAGAAUAUUAAACUUGCCUACAAUGAACUCUCCGCACAAGCAUAAGUUUAAAAUAUUAUUUUCAUGAGCAGAUUAUUUUUCAUUGAUUGAAUUUACAUGUGUGCCAAACAUAUUUAUUUGUAUUUUUUGUUUAGUGAUAUUGUGUUAUCUUAAAAGUUUUGGAAUAUAUUUAAAUUCUCUUAUAAAUGUAUUUCCUUCAUUUAAAUGCAAUUUUCAAUGUCACAGUAUUCUUGAUUUGUGUACCAUGAAGCACUCUUGAACAUAAAAAUUUCUUUAAGUAUUUUCAAAGAAAGUUUUGAGGGCGAACCAAAAAUAACAGGGUGAAAUUUAAAGCCUUGUUUCUAAAAAAAUUACUAAAUUAAAACACAUCAUAUAUCACAACUUUUUCAACUUUCUUUUGUAUGUGCGUGUGUGUUUUCUUCUGUUAUAAUAAAACUUUUGAAUUAUAUAUUCUUCUAUUACAAUAAAACUUUUGUACUUUGCAUUAUAUAUACACAUAUUUGGCUACCGUAUUUUGUACCUCUUUUUAUGCUACAAGUUUGUUUUGUUUUUUUUUUUAAUUUAUGCCAGUUCUUUUUCAAAAAGCAAUUCAAGCUACGAAAUUAGUUUAUGUUAUUUGAACUGUUAUACAAGAGUUAUUUUCUCAUACAAUAACUUUUCUCAAACAAUAUUUUCUCCUAAACAGCAAUAAAUAUAUUUUUUAAUUC